GUCUUGGACCUAGAUUAUGAGCAUUGGUUUUGAAAGGAAUGUGCAGGAGGCAGCCUUGUCAAGAAAACUUGCUGCAUGAUCUUACAUGCACUAAAGAUGAAACUUUAAACCGGCAAAUCAGCCUUGAGUGGAAUUUGACUGAAGAUGUUCCAACAGUUUUAUCUCUGGAAAUGGUUAGCUUCAGGGAUUACCUUUUGCUGUCUCUUCACAGUCUGCUUGGGCCAAUAUGAUGAUGACUGGCAAUAUGAGGAUUGCAAACUAGCUAGGGGGGGACCACCAGCCACCAUAGUUGCCAUUGAUGAAGAGAGUCGGAAUGGUACUAUUCUGGUGGAUAACAUGCUGAUCAAAGGGACUGCUGGAGGACCAGAGCCAACCAUAGAACUUUCUUUAAAGGACAACGUGGAUUAUUGGGUAUUGCUGGAUCCUGUUAAACAAAUGCUUUUCCUGAACAGCACGGGCAGAGUUCUGGAUAGAGAUCCUCCAAUGAACAUACACUCCAUCGUGGUACAGGUUCAGUGCAUCAACAAAAAAGUGGGUACUGUUAUCUACCAUGAAGUUCGAAUCGUGGUGAGAGACAGAAAUGACAACUCACCCACAUUCAAGCAUGAAAGCUACUACGCCACAGUGAAUGAGCUCACUCCAGUUGGCACCACAGUAUUUACAGGAUUUUCAGGAGACAAUGGAGCUACAGACAUAGAUGAUGGCCCAAAUGGACAGAUAGAAUAUGUUAUUCAAUAUAAUCCAGAUGAUCCGACAUCCAAUGACACCUUUGCAAUCCCCCUUAUGUUGACUGGAGAUGUAGUGUUAAGGAAGAGGCUCAACUACGAAGACAAGACUCGCUACUUUGUCAUCAUCCAAGCUAAUGACCGUGCACAAAACCUGAAUGAACGGCGAACCACUACCACCACCCUCACAGUGGAUGUUCUAGAUGGAGAUGACCUGGGUCCAAUGUUUCUUCCUUGUGUCCUUGUGCCAAACACUCGUGAUUGUCGCCCACUCACCUAUCAAGCUGCCAUACCUGAGUUGAUGACUCCGGAAGAAUUGAACCCCAUCAUUGUUACCCCACCGAUCGAAGCCAUUGAUCAGGACCGGAAUAUUCAGCCGCCAUCAGAUAGGCCAGGCAUCCUCUAUUCCAUCCUUGUUGGGACUCCUGAGGAUUACCCACGAUUUUUUCAUAUGCAUCCAAGGACUGCAGAACUUAGUCUCCUGGAGCCAGUAAAUAGAGACUUUCACCAGAAGUUUGAUUUGGUUAUUAAGGCUGAACAGGACAAUGGUCAUCCUCUUCCUGCUUUUGCCAGUCUGCAUAUUGAAAUACUGGAUGUAAACAAUCAGAGCCCAUAUUUCACAAUGCCCAGUUAUCAAGGCUAUAUUCUGGAAUCUGCCCCAGUGGGAGCAACUAUUUCUGACAGUAUGAAUUUGACCAGCCCUCUAAGAAUUGUAGUUCUGGACAAGGAUGUAGAAGAUGUUCCACCUGGUGGAGUUCCUACGAAAGACCCAGAGCUUCACCUUUUUCUGAAUGAUUAUACUUCAGUCUUCACUAUCACGCAGACUGGAAUCACUCGCUACCUCACCUUACUUCAACCAGUGGACAGGGAAGAACAGCAAACUUACAUCUUUUCGAUAACGGCAUUUGAUGGUGUUCAAGAAAGUGAGCCAGUUACCGUCAAUAUUCGGGUGAUGGAUGCAAACGAUAACACUCCAACAUUCCCUGAAAUAUCCUAUGAUGUCUUUGUUUAUACAGAUAUGAACCCUGGGGACAGUGUCAUACAGCUCACUGCAUUCGACCCAGACGAAGGGUCAAACGGGGAGAUCACAUAUGAAAUACUGGUUGGGGCUCAGGGAGACUUCGUCAUCAAUAAAACAACAGGGCUUAUCACCAUCGCUCCGGGGGUGGAAUUGAUAGUUGGGCGGACUUAUGCACUCACCAUCCAAGCAGCGGAUAAUGCUCCUCCAGCAGAGAGAAGGCACUCCAUCUGCACUGUGUACAUUGAAGUGCUUCCUCCAAAUAAUCAAAGCCCUCCUCGCUUCCCACAGCUGAUGUAUAGCCUUGAAAUGAGUGAGGCCAUGAGGGUCGGCGCUGUUUUAUUAAAUCUACAGGCAACUGAUCGAGAGGGAGAUCCAAUAACAUAUGCCAUUGAGAAAGGAGAUCCACAGCGAGUUUUUAAUCUUUCAGAAACUACUGGGAUUCUAACCUUAGGGAAAGCACUGGACAGGGAAAGCACUGAUCGCUACAUUCUGAUCGUCACUGCUAAUGAUGGCAGGCCAGAUGGGACCUCAACUGCCACGGUAAAUGUGGUGGUGACAGAUGUCAAUGACAAUGAUCCAGUGUUUGAUCCCUAUCUGCUCAGAAAUCUAUCAGUGGUGGAAGAAGAAGCCAAUGCGUUUGUGGGUCGAAUAUGGGCAACAGACGCUGAUGCUGGAAUAAAUGGCCAAGUACACUACAGUUUGGGUAACUUCAAUAAUCUUUUUCAUAUCACAUCCAAUGGGAGCAUUUACACAUCAGUGAAGCUUAACAGAGAAGUCAGGGACUACUAUGAACUUGUUGUUGUGGCAACUGAUGGAGCGGUACACCCUCGUUAUUCAACUCUAACAGUGGCCAUCAGGGUUUUGGAUAUUGAUGAUAAUAGUCCUGUGUUCACCAAUUCAACAUAUACUGUCGUCGUUGAAGAGAAUCUGCCAGCCGGGACCAGUUUCCUUCAAGUAGAGGCCACAGAUGCUGACCUCGGAGCUAAUGUAUCUUAUCGGAUAAGAAGUCCGGAAGUGAAGCACAUUUUUGCACUACAUCCAUUUACAGGAGAACUGUCCCUUUUAAGGAGUUUGGACUAUGAGGCAUUUCCAGACCAGGAAGCAAGUAUCACUUUUCUAGUGGAGGCCUUUGAUAUUUAUGGAACAAUGCCACCUGGUAUUGCUACUGUCACAGUGAUAGUAAAGGAUAUGAAUGAUUAUCCUCCAGUAUUUAGUAAACGGAUCUACAAAGGGAUAGUGGCUCCAGAUGCCGCCAAGGGUACACCUAUCACAACCGUUUAUGCUGAAGAUGCAGACCCUCCUGGAUUACCUGCAAGUCGUGUGAGAUAUAGAGUAGAUGAUGUCCAUUUUCCUUAUCCUGCCAGUAUUUUUGAUGUAGAAGAAGAUUCUGGAUUAGUAAUAACUCGAGUUAAUCUUAAUGAAGAACCUACAACAAUUUUUAAGUUGGUGGUUGUUGCUUUUGAUGAUGGUGAGCCUGUGAUGUCCAGCAGUGCCACUGUGAAAAUUCUUGUCUUACAUCCUGGAGAAAUCCCACGCUUCACACAAGAGGAAUACAGACCGCCUCCAGUAAGUGAACUUGCAACCAGAGGGACUAUGGUUGGUGUAAUUUCUGCUGCAGCCAUCAAUCAGAGUAUUGUGUACUCCAUUGUUGCAGGAAAUGAAGAGGAUAAGUUUGGAAUUAAUAACAUCACGGGUGUAAUCUAUGUGAAUGGCCCUCUGGAUUAUGAGACAAGGACAAGCUAUGUACUUCGAGUCCAAGCUGAUUCCCUGGAAGUAGUCCUCGCCAACCUACGUGUUCCUUCAAAAAGCAAUAGAGCUAAAGUGUAUAUUGAGAUUCAGGAUGAAAAUGAUCAUCCCCCAGUGUUUCAGAAAAAACUCUACAUUGGAGGUGUAUCUGAAGAUGCAAAAAUGUUUUCUUCUGUGCUCAGAGUUAAGGCUACUGAUAAAGAUACCGGCAAUUAUAGUGCCAUGGCAUACAGACUCAUAAUACCACCAAUUAAAGAGGGAAAAGAAGGAUUCGUGGUGGAAACAUACACAGGGCUGAUCAAAACGGCUAUGCUCUUCCAUAAUAUGAGGAGGUCUUACUUCAAGUUUCAAGUCAUUGCAACUGACGACUAUGGGAAGGGCCUAAGUGGCAAAGCAGAUGUUCUUGUCUCUGUGGUCAAUCAGCUGGAUAUGCAAGUCAUUGUUUCGAAUGUACCCCCUACUCUAGUGGAAAGAAGGAUAGAAGAGCUUACAGAGAUUUUGGAUCGCUAUGUUCAGGAGCAAAUUCCUGGUUCCAAGGUUGUGGUAGAGAACGUUGGAGCUCGCCGGCAUGGCGAUGCCUUUUCUCUAGAAGAUUACACAAAGUGUGACUUGACUGUCUAUGCAAUCGACCCCCAAACCAACAGAGCCAUCGACAGACAUGAGCUUUUUAAAUUUUUAGAUGGCAAACUCCUCGAUAUCAAUAAAGACUUUCAGCCGUAUUACGGGGAAGGAGGACGCAUUCUGGAGAUCCGGACUCCAGCGGCAGUAACCAGCAUUAAGAAGCGAGGAGAAAGUCUAGGCUACACAGAAGGGGCCUUGCUGGCUCUGGCCUUCAUCAUCAUCCUCUGCUGUAUUCCUGCCGUCUUGGUGGUUUUGGUCAGCUACAGACAGUUUAAAGUGCGCCAAGCUGAGUGCACCAAGACAGCCCGAAUGCAAUCCACCCUAGCUGCAGCGAAACCUGCAGUGCCUGCCCCUGCACCAGUGGCCGCGCCCCCGCCGCCCCCGCCGCCUCCAGGGGCGCAUCUCUAUGAAGAAGUGGGGGACAGCACGACGCAUAAGUAUGAAAUGCCUCAAUAUGGAAGUCGCCGUCGUUUGUUACCACCAACUGGACAAGAGGAAUAUGGUGAGGUGGUUGGCGAAGCUGAGGAGGAAUAUGAGGAAGAAGAGGAAAAGGCAAAGAAAGUUAAAAAACCAAAAGUUGAAAUUAGAGAGCCUAGUGAGGAGGAAGAAGUAGUUGUCACUAUUGAAAAGCCACCAGCAGCUGAGCCAACAUAUACGACGUGGAAGAGAGCCAGGAUAUUCCCCAUGAUUUUUAACAAAGUUAGAGGACUAGCUGAUAGAAGAGGCGCCAUUGACCUUGAAGAUGAAGAGUGGCAGAGACGCCUUGAGGCAGAAGAUAAAGAUUAUUUGAAACUAACACUGGACCAAGAGGAAGCUACAGAAAGCACAGUAGAGUCAGAGGAGGAAUCCUCAAGUGACUAUACUGAAUACAGUGAAGAGGAAUCCGAGUUCAGUGAGUCUGAGACGACAGAAGAGUCUGAAUCAGAGACACCCUCUGAGGAGGAAGAAAGUUCUACCCCUGAAUCAGAAGAAUCCACGGAGUCAGAAGGAGAAAAGGCAAGGAAGAACAUUUUUCUUGCAAGAAGAAGGCCCAUUGCUGAAGAGGUCCAGAAAGUCAAAGAUAGAAAAGAGGAGCUAUCUGAAGAGCCAGAAGAACGGAACGUGGAAGAAGAGGAGGAACGCCCAGCAGAAGAACAGGAAAGUGAGCUGGCCACUGUGGAAGAGCCCACGGACCUCGAAUCUCAAGACAUCACUGAGGAGGGCAGUGCAGAAUCAGCUUCAGUGGAAGGAGGUGUGGAAAGUGAGGAGGAGUCAGAAUCAAGUAUGAGUAGCAGUAGUAGUGAAAGUCAGUCUGGAGGUCCUUGGGGCUUUCAGGUGCCAGAGUAUGACCCAAGCAAGCAGGCAAACGAAAAGAAGCCUCCAGGAGCAAGCUCAGAAGGUUACAACACAGCACUUUAAAAGAGAUCACAUGGGCAAGAAAAAGAAUGAUAAAGUUAGUUGUUGAUCGAGAGUAUGAAAGUAGC